AUGCGGCCCACGUCUUUUUCCAGAGCGUUUUCCAGCCAGCACCCAACCAUCAGCGAUGACCUGCCAAACCGCAUCAUCUCAGGCAAGGUGCUGGUGAAACCGAACAUCAGGGAGUUCACCAAAACUGGCACCAUCUUUGAAGACGGAACCAGACAGGAAAACGUCGAUGUGGUCAUCUUUGCCACAGGAUAUAGCUUCUCUUUCCCCUUCCUCGGGGAAUGUGUCAAAGUGGUCGAAAACCAGGUUUUCCUUAGCACCAGGCGGGGUGCAUGGAUACUUGGUCGGAUUGGAGAAGAAGGGUACCCCAUGGACACAAUUUAUAUCACUCGCUAUGUGGAAUUCCUCAAGCGCAUUGUGCCUCUAUGCCUGCUUAACUACUUUUCAGAGAAGAAACUGAAUGCAAAAUUCAACCAUGCAAUCUAUGGCCUGCAGCCUGCACACAGGUUUUUCAGCCAGCACCCAACCUUCAACGACGACCUGCCAAACCGCAUCAUCUCGGGCAAGGUGCAGGUAAAACCAAACAUCAGAGAGUUCACCGAAACCAGCGCCAUCUUUGAAGACGGCACCAGAGAGGAGGACAUUGAUGUGGUUGUCUUCGCUACGGGAUACAGCUUCUCUUUCCCCUUCCUUGGGGAUUGUGCCAAAGUGAUCAAAAACCAGGUCUCCCUGUAUAAAUUUGUCUUCCCUCCUCAGCUGGAGAAGCCAACUCUGGCUUUCAUUGGCCUCAUCCAGCCACUGGGGGCCAUCAUGCCCAUUGCCGAACUCCAGGGUCGUUGGGCGACACGUGUGUUCAAGGGGCUGAAUGGAUUGCCUUCAGCAAGCGACAUGAUGGCCGAUAUUGCGCAGAAGAGAGAGGAAAUGGCAAAAAGGUAUGUGAAAAGCCAGCGCUACACCAUCCAGACGGAUUACAUCCCGUACAUGGAUGAAGUGGCCUGCCUGGCAGGGGUCAAGCCCAAACUCCUGUCUCUCUUCCUCAUGGAUCCAAAGCUCGCCGUGGAGGUUUUCUUUGGCCCCUGCACCUCAUACCAGUAUCGCCUGAGAAGGCCAGGAAAGUGGGAUGGAGCCAGGAAAACCAUCUUGACCCAGAGAGAACGGAUCAUUAAACCUCUGAAAACUAGAGUCCUAGAUGAUUAUACAGGUGCCUUGGUGCCUUACUACCUUCAGAUUUUUCUCAUUGUUGCUUUACUUGCUGUAACUUUUGCUUAUUUUCCUUGGUCCUUUUUUCCCCUCUGACAAGUGUCAUUUUUCAAGCUGCGAGUCCAGUUCAUGGUUUCCCUUCUUUUCUUUGCAUUCAUAUGGGCAGACUGGACUAUGGUGGGCACCUCUGUUGUCAGCUAUCUCAACAAGGUGAGAGCCUGUCUUCUAUGUAGGGUAAACUUGCUCUAAUGUAGAUGCAAAGUCUGCAGUAAGGGUGCACAAGGCCUGUUAAGUCCCAUUCAAGCCCUGUUUUUGAACCCCACAACAAGUGAUAUAAUAAGAGAAAUCCCCAACCAUUUCCAAAGUCUCCACUAGCCUGGUUCAGGCAGUGUGACUGAAGAUCGAGGGGCAGCUGGCAUCACUGCUGGCAGCUUCAUAGUUGGCUGGUUGGUGUACCUGGUGAAUCGAGCCAUUGCUGAUCCCCAGCCUCAAGUGCAGGAGGAGCUUGUGGGCUCUGUUGUCUUCUAACUCUUAUGCUUGCCGCAGCUUCUGGGUGCUUAAGCUUCCUGGAUCAGAGCAGGGCUCCAAGUCAAUUUCAAACCUCUGACUGAGAGAGCCAGAAAAUGGCUUCCUCUCCAUGUAGCUGAGAAAAACAACUCCCCCUCAGCUGCUCUCUUGGGUCCCAUGGUCCCUUCACAGACCAACCCAGGGCCCAGUCUGUCCAUCACUGUUGUGUGUGCGCUCUCCAGCAGGCAGGCAAGCUCAGUCGCUAUGCUGUGCUUCUCCCUAGGGGAGGUGCAUCUACAGUCCCACGCUGGCAGGGGCUACAAGUCACUUUAGGGUGGAAUUAGGGACAAGGGUGUCAUGGAAGGCAGCAGCCCUCGGGCCCUGGGGGAGCAGGGGAAGCUCUUGGAGCCUGGCCUGAGUUAGGGCUGGAUAAGGACUCAGCGCUUCUCACACGGAAGAGAUAGAGCCCUGAGUAGAGGGAAGGGUCUGAGCUCUAUAGACCACAGAAUCCCUGUCUAGGAAGGACUUUGGCUCAGAGUAGGUUUGUCCCAGCAGCACACAGCGAUUCAAGCGAAGCUAAAGCAAAAGUCUCACUGCUAUUGUUAUCUGGAUCUGUUAAUUGUGUUUAAUUUGGUCGGUCUGCUUUUCUGAACGCACUCCCAUUACUUCAGCCUGACCAAGUAAACCUCUGUUUAUGUGUGAUCCUUGCAUGUGUCCUUCCUAGGGAAGCCCAUAAAGUGUUGGGCUGUAAUAGUUGGUGUGCCUACAAUGCUUGUCAUGUGGUGCUCACAGCUACCAACCAUAUACUUUGUGUGUGAUGGCUCAUGCAAACCCUCGUUCACGCCUAU